AUUUUUGGCUCUCCUCUUUGUUUCUUCCUCAGAGCCCCUGGUCUAGCAAGGACGGACAGACAAUGUGUGGUCUAUUAAUCUUCAUCUUUUGACUAUUUCUUUUUACUAUUUUUUUUAAAAAAAUAAAAAUAAAAAUUCUGGCCAUAAAUUAAUUGCAGAAGAUGACACAUUGAAUGUGUUGUAUUGCUGAAAGCCACAAAACACUUUUGUUGUUUUAUCAGUCACCACUUUGUUCUGCAUUUGCAGCUUAAUGGGUUUGGCCUGGAAGGUUUUUAAAGAAAGACUUGAACUUUAACAUAUCAAUUUCAAGAUUCAGCCAUGCAAGCUAUGAAAGCUUCUUCCUUUUCACCAUUUCAGGUCAACUUGAACUCAACUAGUUCAUUUCCCAAAACCAACUUGUAUAUUCAUCCAAAUUAUGAAAACCCCAUUUCUUGUUUUCCCUCAAUUCAGAGCCAAAAUGCAAAAUUCAAGCUUUUUACUGCUAUUUCCCCAAGUGUCUUGACUGAAUCAGAAACCCCAUUUGAUGAAAAGACUGAAAAUGAAAAUCAAGAACAGAUAUUUGAUUGGUAUGCUCAGUGGUACCCAAUAAUGCCAAUUUGUGAUCUUGAUAAGAGGAGGCCACAUGGUAAGAAAGUGAUGGGAAUUGAUGUGGUUGUGUGGUGGGAUAGGAAUGAGAAAGAAUGGAAAGUAAUGGAUGAUUCUUGUCCUCAUAGAUAUGCUCCACUUUCUGAAGGAAGAAUUGAUCAAUGGGGAAGAUUGCAGUGUGUGUAUCAUGGCUGGUGCUUUAAUGGAGCUGGUGAUUGCAAGUUUAUCCCUCAAGCUCCUAGGGAUGGGCCUCCGGUUCAUACGUCCAAAAAAGCUUGUGCAACUGUUUAUCCAAGUUGUGUGCAAAAUGACAUUCUUUGGUUUUGGCCAAACUCUGAUCCUCUAUACAAGGACAUAUAUUUGACGAAAAAGCCUCCUUAUAUACCUGAACUUGAUGACAGUUCGUUUUCGAAAACCUUCAUGGUCAGAGAUAUAUCAUAUGGGUAUGAGCUUCUGAUUGAAAACCUUAUGGACCCAGCUCAUGUCCAAUAUUCACAUUAUGGCAUUAUGAAUGUUCCAGUAGCCCCCAAAAGUGUGAAAGCUGAUAGAGAAGGAGGAAGACCACUCGACAUAACUGUCACAAAAUUGGAUGUAAAUGCCAUUACUGCAAACCAGGGACCUGGACGGAACACAUUUGUUCCACCUUGUGUGUAUUAUAGUUAUUUUGCUUUUGGAGGACCUCAGGGCAAAACAACUGAUGUAUCAUCUGGAGCUGUACAGGAAAAACCUUCAGCUGAGAAGCAGAAAAAAGCACUUUUAGUUUUCAUCUGUAUUCCGGUUAGUCCAGGUCAUAGCAGAAUUAUAUUUGCAUCUCCAAGAAACUUUGCCACUUGGGCAGAUCGAAUAAUUCCACGUUGGAUAUUUCACCUGGGGCAAAACCUAAUUCUGGAUUCUGAUUUGUAUCUUCUUCAUGUGGAGGAGCACAAGCUAAAGGAAAUUGGCUCUUACAAUUGGCAUAAAGCUUGCUAUCUGCCAACAAAGGCAGAUGCCAUCGUUGUUGCUUUUAGAAGGUGGCUAAACAAAUAUGCAGGUGGUCAAGUUGAUUGGCGUGGAAAGUACAAUGGAGACCUCCCGCCAACUCCUCCAAGGGAGCAGCUGCUGGACAGAUAUUGGACUCAUACAGUGAAUUGCACAAGUUGCAAUCUUGCAUAUAAAGGUCUCAAUGCUCUUGAAGUUAUACUGCAGAUUGCCUCCAUUGGUGUGAUCGGAAUUGUUGCUGCUGCAAAGCAGGGCACGUUGUCUGUGGUGGCAAGGUAUUCUUUGGUCACUGUUGCAUUACUAUGCUUCGUGGCCUCGAGAUGGUUAUCUCAUUUUAUAUACAAAAAUUUCCAUUUCCACGAUUACGACCACGCCUUCCGUUGACACUUGAAUAUUGUCAUAAUGAAUUGGAGCUGUAUAAACAAAUUACUUAUAGUUGAAAUUUGCAGAAAAGGUUUCUACAUCUGCUAAACAUGUACAAGUUAUAGUGCUACUUUGAGACUGAAAAAACAUUAGAUUGUUGUUUAAAGUUUACAAAAUUUUAGACUGUUUUGAGUAA